GAGAGCGAGAGCGAGAGAGAGAGAGGGUGCAUGCGCGGUACUAGGAUGCAGUUCUGUUCCGACUACCGCUCCCGUUGAACGAAUCGUUCGAGGACGUACGUCUGCGUCUUCCUCCGCUCACUGUGCGUGACGUCAAAACCAGCAUGGCGGUCAAGGUGCAAUCUACCAAACGCGGGGACCCGAGUGAGCUGAAAUCCAUCUUCCAGAAGUAUGCCAGUGUCGCAGACAAGGAUGGGGAGCGGUUUAUGACCCCAGGAGACUUUGUCCAGAGGUAUCUAGGACUACACACACAGAUCCACCACAACCCCAAAACUGUACAGCUCAUUGCUGCUGUGGCCGACACCACAAAGGACGGGCUGAUCUCGUUCCAGGAGUUUCUAGCUUUUGAAUCGGUGUUGUGUGCCCCCGACACCCUCUUCAUAGUCGCCUUCCAGCUGUUUGACAAGACCGGAACCGGAAGCAUCUCCUUUGAGAACAUCCGGGACAUCUUCAGCCAGACCACAGUGCACCACCACAUCCCCUUCAACUGGGAGUGUGAGUUCAUCCGUCUGCACUUUGGGAACGACCGCACGAAGCGCCUGAGCUACCUUGAGUUCACCCAGUUCCUGCAGGAGCUGCAGCUGGAGCAUGCGCGGCAGGCGUUCGCCCAGAAGGACAAAGGGAAGAAUGGCGUCAUCUCAGCCAUGGACUUCAGUGACAUCAUGGCCACCAUCAGACAUCACGUGCUCACACCCUUUGUGGAGGAGAACCUUGUCUCUGCUGCGGGGGGGAGUACCUCCCACUUGGUCAGCUUCUCCUACUUCAACGCCUUCAACUCCCUUCUGAACAACAUGGAGCUGAUUCGCAAGAUCUACAGCACACUAGCGGGCACGCGGAAGGACACGCUGCUGACCAAAGAGGAGUUUGUUCAUGCUGCCAACAAGUUUGGUCAGAUCACUCCCAUGGAAAUAGACAUCUUGUACCAGUUGGCAGGCCUGCACUCCCCCUCAGGGCGCCUGAAUCUGUCUGACAUUGAGAGGAUUGCUCCGCUUGAGGAGGGAUGUCUGCCUCACCACCUUGUGGAAACCCAAAAACAGGCACAUGGGGAGACUACCAGGCCCGUGUGGCUCCAGGUUGCAGAGUCUGCGUACAGGUUCUCGCUGGGCUCCAUCGCCGGAGCUACGGGAGCGACAGCAGUCUACCCCAUCGACUUGGUGAAGACUCGCAUGCAGAACCAGAGGUCCACCGGAUCCUUCGUCGGAGAACUGAUGUACAAGAACAGCUUUGACUGUGCCAAGAAGGUGCUUCGCUAUGAGGGCUUCUUCGGCUUCUACAGAGGUCUGGUCCCCCAGCUUAUAGGUGUAGCGCCUGAGAAAGCUAUCAAACUCACAGUGAACGACUUAGUAAGGGACAAGUUCACCGACAAGGACAACGGCAUUCCUUUUUUUGCUGAGGUUAUGGCCGGCGCUUGUGCUGGAGGCUCUCAGGUGAUCUUCACCAACCCUCUGGAGAUCGUGAAGAUCCGCCUGCAGGUGGCCGGCGAGAUCACCACCGGGCCUCGAGUCAGUGCGGUCAACGUUGUCCGUGAACUGGGCUUCUUUGGCCUCUACAAGGGUGCUAAAGCAUGUUUCCUGAGGGACAUCCCCUUCUCUGCCAUCUAUUUCCCCGCGUACGCCCACCUCAAGACCCAGUUUGCCGACGAGCAAGGCAGGCUGGGACCUCUGCAGCUCCUCACUGCCGGAGCGAUUGCAGGUAUCCCCGCGGCCUCCCUGGUGACGCCUGCCGACGUCAUCAAGACACGACUGCAAGUCGCAGCGAGGGCAGGGCAGACCACUUAUACGGGAGUCCUUGAUUGUUUCAGGAAGAUAAUGAGAGAGGAGGGGUUCAGGGCUUUGUGGAAGGGAGCUGGAGCUCGUAUGUGCCGGUCUUCUCCUCAGUUCGGUGUGACUCUGGUAACUUAUGAGCUCUUGCAGCGGUGGUUCUACGUUGAUUUUGGAGGACAUCGUCCGGCAGGAUCAGAACCCACACCCAAGUCUCGUAUCUCAGAGCUUCCCCCCAUUAACGCCGACCACGUCGGAGGCUACCGCCUGGCCGCAGCGACCUUUGCCGGCGUGGAGAACAAAUUUGGCCUCCACCUUCCCAAAUUUAAGUCAUCCGGGGUGGUUUCCCUACACCACCCAGAGCCAGUCGCCGCCGAGCCGGCUCAGGCCCCAUAGAGGUCUGAACCCUCGAUAUCACUUUGCCAUCCUUCCUGUACUCCAGGAGCCACACACUUUGAUAGAUACACACACAAAAACAUGCGGUCAAAACGCACUCCAUAAGCCAUUGAUUUAGAAACAAAGAAAAAGAGGUGAGGUUGUGCUCCGCCGGUCCCCCAUCCAGAGGUGGAGAACUGGCUGCAGCUGUGGAGGUAACCGAGCAGUCAGCGCCGGGACCACAGCGCCGGCUGUGGUGUAUCUUCUGUGGCUGUACGCUCCUGGCGUUGCAAUGUUUUGUGUUUUUUCUCCCCAGCAUUUGAGUGAAAUGAGCCUCGGGGCACUCCUCUCUCUGAUUUGAUUUUCAUUCUGUUUUCCGUCUGAUACUCGGUGCGAGCAGGACUUCUUAUUGGACAGCGGGCGUAGAAAGUAUUAAGAUUGCUUCACUCUCGAUUGGACGUCUCACAGGAGGCUAAAGUACUGUACAUAUUGUAUAACUGCUGAGACAGCUCAUUGACACGAGGGAAGAUGUUAUGAGACCAAGGUCGGUAACGUUCAGCCAGCAUCAUUAUAGUGUAACUGAUGUGAUGGAAAUGUGGGGGAGAUUCACUCUUACCGAUGUACAGAUCUUUUCAAUGACGUUAUCUUGACGAAACAAGAAUCAUGAGAUGGAAAUUAGAUAUUAAUAAAUUAAAUGUAUCUCAAUUCAGUCACUGUAUUUUAUUGAAAUAAAUCAUCCAUAUGGUUUUAAUUUUA